AUGGGGAGGUUCCUGCCCCCUCCGCACCCAUGGUUCACUCUCCCAGAUGGAGCCUUCCUGAGGAUUCCAGAUGGUGAAGUUAUUCGAAUGCCUCUGCCAGACGGUGCUCGUUGCCGUGGUUCCAUUGACAACUGGCUCUUGCUCAUGCAAAGGAAUGGUGAGUGCUUACUGGUGAACCCUUUCUCCAAAGCCACGGUGGAGCUUCCUAAGCUAGCUACUGUUUGGUCUCAAGACUCGUCCAAUGCAACCUCUGGAUUUCAUCCAAGUCUCUAUAAGCUGGUGGCACCCUUGGACUCAUCGCCAGAUUCACUUGUUGCAGUGCUGAUCUUGGAUGAUGCUGAUUGCAGUACAGUAUGUAUAUGCCAGCCCCCAAUUGUUACUGACAUGUUAAGUGCGAGGGCCCUGCAUCCUUUACAGGUCUUUCAUGAUGUCACAUUCUUCAAUGGGAAGCUCCACGGUCUCUCUUUUUGUGACAAACUAUUCGUGUUUGAUAUUGAUUAUGACCUCAGUGGCAAGCCGAAGAUCUCAUGCACCAAAUGUGUUGUCGACCAUGGGGAGGGUUUACGGGACUUGCCCCAGCCCUUAUCCUAA